CACUACCUUCCAACUCCCUUUUAUUAAAUACUCUUUUGCUGUACACAUUUUUCUAUCCCCUUUCCACAAAACCAAAACACAACAAAAAAAGAGAGAAACAAAUGGAGGGAUUAUCAGCAUCAAAAAAUUUAUACAGUGGAUUAAAGGGCUACUGGAGGAGGAAGAAGAAAGGGUACGAGAAGCUAAAUGGAGCGGGUCGGAGAAGGAAGAUCCGGGUAGAAUAUUUAUCCACGGAAAGACGUUCUAAAUGUAAGAGAGGAAGGUUCUGGAAGAUAAAUCUGAGACCAAGGCUGAAAGUGAAGCGGUUUUCGCCGAAGAAAUUGCUUGUGAAUAUGCGCGACGCGUACGUGAACAUGAUGUUAAAGAUUGCUAAUUCAAGGGUUAUGAGCAGCGGUAGAUUAACAGGUGAUUAUGGAGUUAGUGGAUUCGGAAUGAGGCAAUUCAAAGAAUAUGAUGAGAAGAUGAUUGUGGAGAUUUAUAAGUCUAUGGUUAUGGCAUAGGGUCAAUUGGUUCCUUCUACUCCUGCUGCUACAAAAUUUGGCAAUGAGAUUAUGUGCCAACCGUAAUUAAUCCCACCAGAUAAGGCCGGGUACUUAUUAUCCAAAGAAUCAUUAAGUACUUUUUAUAUUAUACUCCUAUUGGAUUAUUCUCAUUCAGUGUUGUGUCUGUUGUGGUUCCAUUAAUUCGAAUUCAUGUCGGAAAGAGCUACGCAACUUGGGCUCGAACAGAGACCAGAGGGUAUCCUACGGUGAUAGAAUCAAUAAAUACUCACCUCACAAAGUCCACUAUAAGUCAGAAAUUGUUCCUCAAUUUCUUCUACUAGGAAUUUCUUACUGUUCAGAAAUAUGCGCAGCGCGCUAUAUGCUAGUAGUAUGAUUUUACAAGUUUUUAUUAAUCACCUCAUUUUACAAGUUUUUAUCCAUCAAGGUGUAAAUACAUUAUAAAGGUUACUUAAAAUCAA